UGCUGCUAAAGUCCAAUGAAGUAGAGAGGCUGAGGCUGUUAGCAAGGUUAGCUUGCCUUAGCCUUGGUGAAGACUGCUUUGUGUAUGUGUUAAAACACACCAUGCUAACACAUGACAUGCUAGCAUAGGGCUAACACAUCACUGAUUCACUCUGUGCUACCACAUUGCUGAAACACAGUAUACACGCUACAAGCUAAUGAUGAUUAACACACUAAAUACACCUGCAAGCUAGCCAACCUGCAGGGUAAGAUAAAUGAUACAGCAUGAGAAAGAAAAUCUAGGAAAAAUGGGUUUAAAAAAAGGUUCCUUUUAACUGUCUUGUGUCUAAAAAAAGGAACAACUUCCAUCAUCAAAAGUCCACGUUGUCAUUGUCCCUCGGACUGUGCCAAACACAACACCUCCCUCUUGGAGCCCGUCCUGUCGGCUCCUACUCACAUUUUGCCUUUAGCCUGGUAACAAAAACAUCCAAUGUCUGAUUCUUCCAUCUUUGAACAUUUAUGGUGACUGAUAUCAACAGAUACAGAGAAGAUACAGAUAUGGAGGAGAAGACUGAUGCUUGAAUUUCAUUUGUGGUGUUAGUGACAGCGUGGAAGUGGGUUACACUCGAACCCCAUCCUUCCUGGUUAGUCCACAUGUCUAAAUUGCAUUCUCACUGAUCAGCUCUCACCCUUAGGCUGUUCAGUGGCACCACUAACCUCCCUCCACGUCUCUGUGAGGUGCUUCAGGAUGUCAUUUUAGCAUUUGAAUGGUACUGUGUGUUCUGAGCGUAGAAACCUGAGAUACAGGCCUGGAGUGAUCGUCACGGACAUGUUCCGCACAGAGGAACCACCACAGGAGAGAACUCCACUAUUGGAGAGUCCUCACAGCUGAGAUGAACGCUGCAGUAACGUCCGUCCUGGGUAAGAUUCUUUACAUGUUCUUCAUCAUUUCUGUGUCUUCAGUAGCAGUUCUCAGUAACCUGUCAAUUGUUCUCCUGACAGUGGUGUUGCAGCUCCUUUUUCACUUUGGUGAGUCAUUUAAUUUUUUUUCUUUUCGACAGUGGCAGUGAUAAUUCAUGUGUUUAUUACUUGUCAAUGAUGCAGCAACCACAACCAAACUGGUGUGCUACUACACCCACCAGUCCAGGUACAGACCAGGGGUGGGCAGGUUCCUGCCUGAGAACGUGGAUCCUCAUCUGUGUACUCACCUAGUCUACACCUACGCCAUCCUCAGCACUGGGAAUGGGAUUUCUCAGUCAGAGUGGAGCGAGAGCUCCUACAGUACAUUCAACCAGCUGAAGGACAGCAACCACAACCUGAAGACCCUGCUGUCAGUCAGAGAGGGGACCGACCUCUCACAGUUCUCCAUCAUGGUCUCCACUGCUGUCAACCGUCAGACUUUCAUCCAGUCGGCUCUUAUUUUCCUGAGGACGCAUGAAUUUGAUGGUUUGGAUUUGGCCUGGAACUAUCUUGGAGCUCCUGGAAGUCCAGCAGGAAACAAAUCAGGGUUCACUCUGCUCUGUAAGGAGCUUUCAGAGGCCUUCAGGUCUGAGAGCAGUGGAAGCAGCAGACCAGAGCUUCUUCUGUCUGCUGCUGUCCCAGCAGAUCCAGAGGUUGUUGAGGCAGGAUAUGACAUCGCCAUCAUAACAAAGUAUUUGGAUUUCAUCAGUAUUAAAGCUUUUGACCUGCAUGAUGAGCAGAAUAAAACAACAGCCCACCAUUCUGCACUCUACAGUCACAACAACGAGAACAUAGAUUAUGUGGUGCAGUACUGGAUGGAUCAUGGAUCUUUUACGCUCUCCAGCAGUGAUACAGGAGUAGGUGCUCCUUACAGUGGUCUAGGUCUCCCAGGACCCUACACUCAGGAGAGUGGCGUUUGGUCUCACUACGAGACCUGCUCCGUUUUGAAAGGGACUUCAGUCCAUUGGCUGGAGGCUCAGAAAGUUGCGUACAGUUCCAAAGGUGAUCAGUGGGUGGCCUUUGACAACCAGCAGAGCUAUGAUGCCAAGGUAGAGUACCUGAGGAGCAGGCAGCUGGGAGGAGCUGCCGUGUGGACAGUGGACAUGGACGACUUCACCGGACAGUUCUGUGAACAAGGCCAAUAUCCUCUAAUAAAACAUCUGAAAUAUCAACUCACUGGCUGGAUAUCAGGGGAAUCUAAAGCAUCUACAUCAAUUCCUGCCACAACACCUGCUUCAAAACACACACAGCAUCAUGUCUCUCAUCAAAGCACUACAGUAAAACUCGACUACAACUGCUACCAGAACAUGACUGUGGAAUACCCUGACAGUAAGUUCUGUAUACACAGGGCUGACGGAUCAUAUAGAAAUUUACAUGAUCCAAAGACGUUCUACACAUGUAUAGAGAGAAGGACAUACUUCACCAGGUGUCACGUGAUGACAGACUUCAACAGUGGUGAACAUCUGAUGCCAAAAAGGACUUCAAUUACCACCGGCCUUCUUAUAGCCACUGGAUUCUAUUACUUUUUUCCUGUGGUUUAAUUGGUAAAUGCUGUAUAGUGUUUUUACAUGGCCCUGGUCAAAUGUAUGACUCAUAAUACUGUAGACUUAAA